GUCGACAGGAGGAGAGUGAGGUACGGACGGGGGUUUUCAACUUGUACUUGAGUUUUGGAAGUUAUGUCUGAACAGUAACCGUAUAUUGUAAUAUACGUUUAGUUAAUGGAUAUUCUAGUUGCCAAAACUCUAGCACGUUGUAAAAGAUGCAAUUGCCAUGAGUACAUCUGUGAAGGCGAACCAGCAUGUUUUCUAGCUUCACGCUCUGAAUGAGCGUGAAAUAAGUUGUGAUGGAUCCAUUUCGUGCGAGGCUACUGUCCGUUUCAAAUGGAAUAACUGAUCGGGAACUUGGCCAGUUAAAGUUUGUCUGCAAGCAACAUAUUCCUGUGGGUGUUCUGGAGAAGAUUGUUCGUCCGUUGGACUUAUUCGAUGAGCUUGAAAACCGGAACUUGUUGGGCCAUGAUAAUACGGUAUUUUUGGCGGAACUGUUGACCGAGAUUGAUCGUUUGGAGUUGAAAGAGGAAUUGUUUGGUGUUCGCGUGCGUAGCAAAUCAACUGAUGCAGUACUCAGCCAUAUGCAAGAUUCACUUCGUGAUCAUUAUCAAAAUGUCAUUGGUUGGAUUCAGCCAAUCACAUGGAAUGAUUCAUUUCAGAUUCACAUAGAACAUAUUUUUACAAAUUUGGAAAUUGUUUCACUGGUUUCCCAGGGUACAAGAUGCAUUCAGAAGCCACUGGAUUCCUACCACGAUAUAUUUUCCAGCCGUCCAGGAUGUUCCAAGCCAAGAAGAAUUCUUGUCGAGGGUGAGGCGGGUGUAGGAAAGAGCACAUUUCUGUGUAAAAUUGCUUACGACUGGUCAACCAGCAAUAGCAAGUUGCUAAACUACACAAUUGUGAUUCUUCUUGAGCUGAAACAAAUGAAGGGAGGUUUUAAGGAUGCUAUCUUGCAGCAGCUGUUUCCCACUGAUUUUCCCAUCCCACUGACACAACUUCUCAGUCACCUUGCAAGCCAUCAGGAGAAUGUGCUUUUCCUUCUUGAUGGUUUUGAUGAAGCAAACUCUUCUUGCCUGAAGCACCUCCAAGAUAUCCUGAGUGGAAGGAUUUUUCGGAAUUCAUGCGUGGUUCUCACCUCACGGCCAGGUAAAACUGCGCACAUACAAAGAAUGAUGGACACACGACUGGUAAUUACAGGAUUCACCACAGAAAACAUCCGAAGUUUUGUGUUCAAGUACUUCCAAGACGAUGCUGACACUGCUGAGGUCCUGUUGUCAGAAAUGGAAACAAACCCUGUUAUCGAGGAUAUUGCAAAGGUCCCCUUAACAGCCAUGCUGAUCUGUGCUUUGUGGGAGGAUUCGCCAGAUGCAACCUUUGAAGCCCUGUCCACACUAACAACUCUUUUCAGUGAACUAAUUUUACUUAUGGUGAAGCGCCACUUUGCCAAGAAUUCUGAAGACGGUUGUUCUGCAGAUGAGGAGUUUGCUAGCUUGGAAGAUAUCCCCAAGGAUCUUUACAAUGAUCUGCUCAUUCUUGGAGAGAUUGCACUGAAUGGCUUACUGAAUGAUAACCUCCUGUUUGAUGUCCAAGCAUUGGAAAAGAAGUUUUCCAGCAAAGUGCUUUUUGAGCUUGGAUUGCUCUCUCAGGAGAAAAGCACUUCCAGGUUGAAGCCAGUGCGAAAGUGCUGUUUUAUCCAUAAGUCUUUUCAGGAGUAUGCAGCAGCAUUGUGGCUCAGUAAUGAGAUCAAUUCUUCCAUGAAUGAUCCGUCAAAAUUGAAGGAUGUCUCUGCACUAACCUUGAAGUGUGUCAAGAAAGCCUCUGAUACUAUGCUGCUCAAUUUUGUGUCUGGGCUUGUUGGCGACAAUUUUGAGUUUGUGUUUGUACCCUUGUUGGAAAGUCUCAAGGAAAGUGUCAUUGCUUCAGACAUCGGUGAAGCAAAUGACUUCCUUGAAAUGUUUGUUCUUGCUUUGUUUGAAUCCCAUCAGGGUCACCUUGCAGGUAAAUUAGGGGCGACUCUUCUUGAUGGAAUCCUGAAGUUGUCUGGUCGAGACGUUAGUCCAUAUGGUGUCAGGGCCAUGACGUACUUCAUGCAAAACAAUCCUGACCUCAAGUCGUUUGUUCUGGAACACAGUCAGUUGGAGAGGCAAACAGCAGCUUUUUUUGCAAACUCUCUUUCGCAAAUGCCUUCCCUACGAGAACUUUGCCUAUAUCAGAACAUUGUAGGUGAUGGGGCUGUAGAAGCAUUCAGCGGGAAUUUGUCCAGCAGUCUUCCUUUGGAGAAGUUUGUGUUCAGUGGAAAUGCCUCGAGGAGAGAUAUCGGCGAUGACUUUGCAUCAAUUAUGAAGUCCUGCCCAAAUCUUCGCCAUUUGGAUUUGAGCUACAGCGGUCUUGGAGAUGAAGAUAUGAAGGCUGUGAUAGAUGCUCUGAAAUUUGUUCCUCACUUGAGAUUAUUGAAUCUAAGUGGUUGCAAAUUAGCCCAGAACAGCAUGACAUACUUGUCUGAGAAAUUGUCCUGUGCACAUGAGCUGGUCAGCUUGAGUCUCGAAAACAACAGUGACAUUGGAGCUGAAGGUGUCAAAGCAUUGGCCGAGGGGUUACACAAGGUUCCAUGGCUGGAAAGUCUGUCACUCCGUGAUGUAAAUCGGAAUACAGACAGCACCAGAGACACCUCUAAAGUCAUUUACACCAGCCUCGGGCAAGCGUUUGCUCACUGUCCAAGACUAACAAGGUUAGAUCUGUCUGCAAACCUGUUACAUCAAGGGACAUUCAUUGCAGAUUCCAUCAAGAAUGCCCCAAAGCUCACUUGUCUGGACUUAUCUGGAAAUGCCUUUCAAGAUGAUGGUGUAGAAAGUCUGGCGAAAGUUCUUCCUUCUUUGCAAAUGCUCUCAGAGCUUUUCCUCGACAGAAAUCACAUCACAUGCCAUGGAUUAGUAUGUCUUUGCAAAAGUUUGAAACUCUCACCAAAGCUACGAAAACUGUCUCUAAAGUCAAAUUUGAUUUCUGAUGUUGGAAUUGAAGCUUUAGCAAGUGUUUUCCCCAGCCUUUGCCAGUUGUGUGACCUGUACCUUGGCUACAAUAGCAUCACAGAAGCAGGAGUAAAUGCUCUUUGUCUCUCAUUGGAGUCUCUUGGUAAUCUUCAGUGCCUUGAUCUUAAAGCCAACCUGAUCAGUGAGGAAGGCAUGGCUGCCUUAACCGAGCAGUUAGCGUCAUUGCCUAAACUGAGGCAGUUAUACCUUUGGAGUCCUGUGACAGAAUCUCCUCAAGGACAAGCAGCAGAAACUGCCAAACCUGUGGAGUUUUUCAGCCCCACAAGAAUUUAUUCACCAGGCUACCGGUAUACAGAAUCACAAGCACAUAGUCUUUCACGUGGUUUUGCUGAAGACAAACACCACAGCAAAUGUUAUGUCUCCCUGAAACAAGAAACCUUUAAGCUGCUUAUGACAAGCGCUCAUUCCCACACUUCACUGGAGGGGAUUUACCUCAGUCAAACAGCCAUUCCCAAAGGAACUGAUCCGCAAGAUUACCCUCGCCUUCGUUUGAUAGGACAGUACAAGAAGUAACAAGUGGGAUGUCAUUUGAAGUGAUAUGUUGUAACAAGUAUGUGUCCUGCAUGGUAUCGCUAUGAAAUUAUUGCAAUUCACGUGAGCCUGCAAAGUUAUUUGUCAGGCAUCGUAGUUGUUGAGCAAUCUGGCAUUGUGUGCAUCUGCAUGUAGCCAGCUGAUUUGACAGUUUUGGAACUUGUUUGAUAUAAUUUAGAUUGAAUUGGAUCUUUGAGUACUUACACAAAGAGAUUUCCAUAAAAUGAAAUUAAGAUAAUAAUAAUUAAGAUAUUCAGAUAAUUUAGGUUUAGUGACAUACAACAUGUGUUAUUUCCUCUAAUAACUGUCUUAUUUUGACAGCAGCCCUAGAGCAAUUAAGCUUUACUGUACUUCAUACAUACAUACAUGAAUUGGUAACAUGUUUUCAAGGAAAAGUGUUAAAUAGACAGUGGGCACAGUGAUCUGAUAUAUUAAUAUAUCUAUGCAUUACAAUUCUUACAUGGCACUAAGGCUUUGGGAACUAAACAAAAACUCACAUUCUUGUCCAUCGCAGGGUUACCACCCCCCAGCGUUAAAAUUCGCUGGUACCCAUUUAUACACUGGGGUGGAGAGAGGCAC